AUGCUCAAGCAGAGGACCAAGCAACUGGACAAGGAGCAGAAGGUGACCGAGGAGCUGCUUUACCGAAUGCUGCCCAGGUCCGUGGCGAACAACCUCCGAGCGGGCAAGUCCAUCCAGGCCGAGUCAUUCGAUUCCGUCACCAUCUACUUCUCCGACGUGGUGGGGUUCACCAGGAUAUCUUCCCUCAGUACGCCUAUGCAAGUAGUUGAUCUGCUGAACAACCUCUACACGACCUUUGACGACAGGAUAGAGCUUUGUGGCGUCUACAAGGUUGAAACGAUCGGGGAUGCCUAUAUGGUCGUCAGUGGACUACCCGAAAGAAAUGGAGACAAGCACAUCGACGAAAUCGCGACCAUGUCGCUUGACCUGCUCUCGGCAGUGAACGAGGUGAUCAUACCCCACAAGCCAACUGAGAAACUAAAGCUGAGGAUAGGCAUCCAUUCAGGGUCCUGCGUUGCUGGGGUGGUUGGAACCAAGAUGCCCAGGUAUUGUCUGUUUGGUGACACAGUCAAUACUGCCUCAAGAAUGGAAUCUUUUGGCGCACCCUUGAAGAUCCACAUGAGCCAAGAAUCCAAGCUGCUGCUCCACAAGUGCUGCCCAGAUAAAUAUGAGAUAAGAAGGAGGGGUAUGGUCGACAUCAAGGGAAAAGGGAAACUUGAAACAUUCUGGUUAUUGGGACUAACAGGCUCAGUCCCCACAGAAGAACCCGAGAAUGUCUGCCUCUUCAAGCCUAAAAAAUCGGAGAGCAUGCACCUUUCCCCAUCAACUACCAUUAAUAGCUUAGCUUCAGAAUAUUCCCCUAAUUUUAGCGAUUGUUCAGGCAGUUUUAUACUGGAGUCAAGUUGUGGAAGUGACAAAUCUUUCAACAUGUUCCACUGCAACUCAAGGACUUCUAGCAGCAGCGAUACUGGUAGUGAAUUUCAGAAUAAAAGGCAAUCGGCCAGCAGGGGAAAUAUCUUUAAAUUCAGAAAGAAGAAAGAUCGAAAGAACUCAUUAGCUAAACGGCGGUCAAAUCUACGCAGAUCAAAAUCAUUGCCAUUUGUGAGCCAACCAUUGUCAUUUCAUUUGUCUGAAGACAGCAAGAAAGCAUUUCAAAACAAGAACAAAUUCCGGUCAAAUUCGUUGCCGGUUGUUGGCCAAGAUGUAGAACAACCGGUGUCAACGGCGAAAGAAUCGAAUAACAUUGGGAGAAAUCAUCAAGCGCUGGCUUCGAAGGAUUCCUUUAUCAGAGGGGCAUCCAUUAAAACAAUAAGAGAGGAAUCUCCCGAAAUUCCCUGCACGAGAAUAGAUUUACCCUAA